AUGUGGGCCGAGGUACUCGCUGGGCUGGAUGAGGAUGAUACCGAAGAGGAAGGGGAGAAGAUGGACGAGGACGAGGAGGAUUUGUUCCUCUCGCCUGAUUUUCUCCCAACCCCACGAAAGACCGACUGCCACCCUCCGCGUCCGAAACACUUCCAGUCCGAGACCUUCUCGAGUCGUUCCUCGUCCACCGCGCUUCACUUCUAUCAGAACAGACAAUUGGAGCUAUUGACGCUAAGGCAAUUGGUGUUCUUUGGGCGGUCAAUCACGGAGGAGAGGCUUAUCAAAAGCGCGAACUAUGUUCGCACUGAGCUUCCCACCCUACCAUACGUCGUAGUGAACCAAGAAGGUGUAGCGAACGUGUACGAGGCCUACUGGUCUGCCUUCGAUAAGUUCCGGAGAUACCCAGAGAUCAAGACGAUACAGGAAAAUGACGCGUUCUGCAGGUUCGUGCGGGGUCUACUCGACGAACACAAGGCAGUUAUCCCCAAUCUCUCACUGGGACUGUCUUUGUCCUCACCAUAUCUCGAACCUGACCGGCUCGACUCAUUUAUGCACCGCAUGUUGGUCUCUCGCAUAUCACGUCGGGUCUUGGCGGAACACCACAUCGCGCUCUCGAGGUACUUCUCAACGCGGCAGGAUGGCAAGCGCAUCCCUGAGAAUCGCGUCGGCGUGAUACACUUGCGUUUGCCAGUGAAGGACAGCAUCGAGAAAUGUGCAAGAUUUCUGCGCAAACGGGCAUACGAUGCUGAGCAAGACCAAAUCGAAGGCACUUCUGCCGACGCUCCCUGGCCGGAGGUGGUCAUCGAAGGGCACUUAGACAUCAAGUUCUCGUAUAUCCCUGCACAUCUUGAAUAUGUCGUCUUUGAACUACUCAAAAACUCAUUGCGAGCAACCCGUCUCAAACAUACUUCGUUGCACCACCUUCCUCCAAUACGCGCCACCGUCGUGGCGGGUGAGAACGAAGUUACCAUCCGAAUAUCUGAUCAAGAUCAAUAUCCGAUGGACCUAUUCUCAUUCUCACACCUACGUAACCCUGCGCGUAUGGACAACAGACGUCUCGGUGCACUCCGUACCAUAAGCUCCAGUCAAACGGGCAUGGUGGCCACUGUCGAGGAACAAGUGAAGCGUUGGGAGACCGAAGCAGAUAGCGAGGAUCCUCACAGGAAGCUGGGAUACUUUGGGGGAUCAUUGGAGCUCGUCAGCCUCGACGGCUAUGGCACGGAUGCGUAUCUCCGUCUCCCUAAACUGGGUACAAAUCUCGAGGGCAUAGAGCUCUGGUAG